AUGAACGCACAGCUUAGCAGGUACACAGCAGGAAACCAAGCUGGCCAGGGUACGAAUUCUCAGACUGGUCAGACCGGUCAGGGCCAAAAUAACGGCCAUCAAGGCAAGAUGAUAUCUACCGGGGGUAAUGUCAACACAUCCAAUCAAUACUCGAGCACCAACUUCUAUAAUUCUCUUACCCCAAAAAGUUCCUUUGACUCAAUUGGCUCUCUGCAUUCACUGGGGUCUAAUGUGAGCUCAGUUCCUGUGGGGCUUGCUAGCAACCCCUGGGUUUCGGGGUCCUUUGGUAGUUUCAGUAUUCCUCCUCCUCUUCCUCCAUCUUCGGGUCGUUCAGAAAAUUCAAACUCCUAUCAUGACUCCUUCAACUUCGCUCCUGCCGACUUGAGUUUUGUAAAUGAUAUCGACCCUCCUAAUGAGUACUCAUCUUCACCUUCACUAAACCUUAGCAACGCUCAAAAGCAACCAUUUAAAACUUUGAACAACAAACCUCGUGGUAAUCAUAACAACAAUUCUCUUGGCAAUAGUCAAUUCAGUAACGCCAGUACGCAUCAGCUACACCUUGAUCCUGUCAUAGAGAACGAGUUCAGAAACAUGGCAAAGUCGCUGGAAGAGAAGGAAGCUCUGAUUUCUGAUUUAAAAUUGCAGUUGGAGUCAUUAGUGACUGCAGUGGCAGUAUGUGGUAGUGUGAAUGAUAAAGCUGUCCAGGAGGUAAUUUCAGAAAUGAAAAUGGAUGCCACUGAAAUUGCACACAGAAUCACUAUUCGCCUUAAAACGUUAAAAAGCGAGAACGAGCAACUUGGGGUAAGCAAUAUUAUCAUACGCUUCACGGUUUGCUAA